CUUGCAGAAAAAGGUUUCUUAAAAACUAUUAAAAUGGCCAGUAAUUUUAAUGAGGAAGGUCCAACACGUAAAAAUGAGGAAUAUGAAGGUCCACGAAUUAAUGGAGUUGCCCAGAAAUUUCUUGCGGACCUGAACGAAGAACGAGAACGCUUAGGUAGCGAAUUUCCUUUAUGUGUUCAGGUCAUUGACGAAGCAAUUGAACGAGUGUACACGACUGGUCGAAUUCCAGGCACUGAAUACUUGGCUGAUGUUUAUAAACAAAAACCAAUGAAGAUUACUCAAAAAGUGUUCGUUCCUGUUAAGCAAUAUCCCAAGUUCAACUUUACAGGAAAAUUAUUGGGACCGAAGGGUAAUUCAUUAAGACGUUUGCAUGAAGAGACGCAGUGUAAAAUUAUUAUAAAAGGCCGUGGUUCAAUGCGCGAUCGUAAUAAGGAAGAAGAACUAAGACAAUCAGGCGAUCCUCAACAUGCGCACCUAAAUAGAGAUCUCUUCAUAGAAAUAAGCACUGUAGCAACUCCAGCUGAGGCACAUGCACGAAUUGCUUACGCUUUAGCUGAAAUACGUAAAUAUCUUGUACCAGAUAAAAACGAUGAAGUUUCACAAGAACAACUGCGCGAACUUAUGGAAAUAGAUCCAAAAUCGGCAGAAACUUAUUCAAAAACGGUGCUUAAUAAGUUCUCGACUGGUGAAGGUGCAUCUAAAUUUUUAAAUCUAAUUAAGCAUCACGGUGCUUCCCCAGAGAGUUUAGAGGAACAGUAUGAAGAAAUAAUUGAAUAUCAACCUCGAAUCCCAAAGCGUACUAUUCCAACUCCAUAUAUAAAAGUCAAUAUGGUAAAAGUUGCACGAUAGCCAACAUAGGAUUUAAUAUGAGAGUAUAUAAUGAAAAAAUAUAGUAAUAGUAGGGUGUUGUGGCGCAGUAAGUUCCUAAACCACCUAUAAGAACGAAGGAAUCCAUCUUAAAUGAUCAACAAGUUUUACGAAUGUAAUCGUCCUGUCUAACGUCAUUGAUGAACAAAACUCGGACAAAUCAAGUUUUGAGAUACAACUCAACGAGAUAAUGGAACAAUACAAUAACAAACAUAAUAACUUUAUUCGACUUACUUUUGUGCCAAUCCAGAAUGGUAAAGUACGUAAUUAUUUAACAGUUUCCAACAAAAGUUCUUUGAAUGGUAAUAUUUUUAAGUUUUGUUUGUUUGUUCUAUUUAAACCACAAGAAAAAAGUAUUUAUAAAGUUUGCAUUAAGUUCAGAUUUUAGCAACGAAUAUUAUAGGGUUGGGAUCAUGUUAAAGUAUAUCGGAUAUUCUCUAUUUUAUAGAAUGAUGAUGAAUCCCUGUGGAAAAUUGAAACUAUUUUGAAGUUUCAUCUUCACAGCGUACUUUCCUAACUACAUAAUCUUGUUUGUGAAUAUAUAAUUUCAUUAAAAGUACUUGCAAAUU